AUGCAGUACACUCUUGUCCUCUCGGCUCUUGCCGCCCUUGUCGCUGCCGCCGACCGCCCUUCGUUCCUCAACGACAAGUUCCAGAUCACCGAAGGCGAGAACUUCACCUUCAAGUUCAACAACUGCCAGGGCGGAUGCACCAUCGUUCUCAAGACAGGUAGCUCCGGUAAUCUGAAGGAUGUCAAGACCAUUACCACCGGCGCUACUGGCGAAUCCUUCACCUGGACACCAUCUGGUCUUCCCUCGGGCACCUAUGCCUUUUAUAUUAAGAACAAUGGCAACGGUCUUGACAACUACUCCAAGCAAUUCACCUACAGCGGUACUGGCGCGACCGCCAGCACUACUGAUGCUAGCAGCACCGCUUCGGAGACUGCUUCCUCCACCGAGGCUUCUUCCACCACCGCCAGCAGCACUGCUAGCAGCACCACCGACAGCAGCACUACCUUGAGCAAGACCACCAGUGCUGCUUCUACCACCAGUGCUCCCUCCAGCACUACUUCCCAGUCGUCCACUUCCACCAGGUCCACCACCGCAGCUUCCACCACUGUUCCCAACGGUGGUGCCCGCGCUACUCCCAUGGCUUUCGUCGCCGGUGCCGUCGCUGCCCUUGCUUACCUCGGAUAA